AUGGGGCUAAUCUAUGUUAAUCCAGAAGGACCUAAUGGCAAUCCAGACCCAAUUGCUGCAGCACAUGAUAUUAGGCAAACAUUUAAAAGAAUGGGCAUGAAUGAUGAAGAAACUACUGCUCUUAAUGCUGGUGGCCAUACUUUUGGGAAAACUCAUGGAAAAGCUUCUGAACAUUAUGUGGGUGCAGACCCAGAAGGGGCUAAUAUUGAAGAGCAAGGGUUGGGUUGGAAAAGUUCCUAUGGUAGUGGAAAGGGUAAAGAUGCUAUUACCUCUGGGCUUGAAGUAACUUGGACAAUAAAGCCUGCACAAUGGAAUCAUGGAUUUUUUAAAGGAUUAUUCGAAAACGAAUGGGAACUUACUAAAAGUCCCGCAGGUGCUUAUCAAUGGGUGGCUACAAAUGCAAAAGAAAUUAUACCUGAUGCUUUUGACCCAAAUCUGAAACACAAACCUACUAUGCUCACCACUGAUUUGGCUUUUAGAUUUGAUUCAAGUUAUGCAAAAAUAGCAAGGAAGUUUUAUGAAAAUCCCAAAGCAUUAGAAGAGGCAUUUGCCAAAGCAUGGUUUAAACUUACCCAUAGAGAUAUGGGACCAAAAUCAACUUAUAUUGGUCCAGAAAUACCCAAAGAAGAUCUUAUUUGGCAAGACCCCAUUCCUGCAUUAAAUCAUAAAAUUGUACAAGAUAAUGAUAUUAAAAAUUUAAAAACUCAAAUAUUAAAUUCAGGUUUGAGUAUAAGAGAAAUGCUUACUACUGCUUGGGCAUCGGCUUCUACAUAUAGAAAUUCUGAUAGAAGAGGUGGUGCUAAUGGUGCUCGAAUAAGACUUUUGCCUCAAAGAAAUUGGGAAGUCAAUCAUCCUAAGCAAUUAAAUAAAGUAUUGGCUGUUUUCCAAAACAUUCAAACAAGUUUUAAUGCAAAAAGUAAAGUACUUGCAGGUUCUGUUGCCAUAGAGCAAGCAGCAAAAAAUGCUGGCUAUAUUGUUCAAGUACCUUUUAUGCCUGGCAGAAUGGAUGCUACACAAGAACAAACAGAUAUAGAAUCUUUUAACUUAUUAGAACCAAUGGCAGAUGGAUUUAGAAACUAUUUGAAACAAAAAUAUACCUUAUCUACCGAAGAAUUAUUAAUAGAUAAAGCUCAAUUAAUGACCCUUACAAUUCCAGAAUUAACAGUAUUAGUAGGUGGUAUGCGUGCUUUAAAUGCUAAUUUUGAUGACUCUAAACAUGGUAUUUUCAGUAAUAAAAAAGAUGUUUUAAGCAAUGAUUUUUUUGUAAAUCUUUUGUCAAUGGAAACAGAAUGGAAACCAAAAGAUGAUACCAAAGAAAUAUUUGUAGGUAUAGAUAGAUAUUCUAAUAAAGAAAAAUGGACAGCCACCAGAGCAGAUUUGAUUUUUGGCUCAAAUUCUGAAUUGAGAGCCAUUGCAGAAGUGUAUGCCAGCGAUGAUGCUAAGGAAAAAUUUGUAAAAGAUUUUGUAGCUGCAUGGACCAAAGUAAUGAACUUGGAUAGAUUUGAUAUCAAUUAA